UUCUGCUCCCCUCGGCGCUGGCUUUCGACAUGUCCCCGACAGCAUUGGGCCCGAUUGGGCCGGGUCUUCACCGUCGUCUGCCAGAAAAUGACAGCUUAAGAAGAAGCCCUUGCUCCAAUCGCCAUCAGCAGCAUCCCUCUCCCCGAACAGCCAGGAGUCGAAGAUCCGACCGAGAUCCAUGCUGCUGUCGUUAGCAGGUCUUCACAAGCUGCUGCUGCUGCUGCUGCUGUUACCUUCGUCGAUUUCCGUGCUUGACUCCGCUCCGUAUCGUGCUCAACAGACUGGCUAACUCUACAGUUGACCCGCCGCUGCUGCUGCUGUUGUUGCCGUUAACAACAGGCAACGAGUCGUCGUCACUAGUAGCUACGAUACUGCAAGCAGCUAUAUGAUACAAAACAUAUCAUUGGCUGUCACAUCUCAUGCCGUGUUCCAUUGUUUCAAAUCAUCGUCGUACGUCAACGAUACGCUACCUAAGUGUACGCUAGUUCGUUGUGAAAUCCAUAGCGGUCCGGUCGUAGAACAUGACAAUCGGCAGUAAUGAUGUGAGUUUGAGAUCCUUUCGUGACAGCAUCCCCUAAACAACGACCGACCUUUUCUCGGUGCACGCAGAAUUACCGCAAUCACAAAUAGUGAGCUAAUUGAUAUUAAAUUUUAGUGCGCCAUGAUGCUUCUUUUAAAGCAGUUUAUACUGACCGUGUUUGUUGUUCGAGCGGGCGCACAAGACACAAGUGCGCUGAUAACAGGCAUCCUGGGUAGCCUAACUUCGACGAGUAAAAACCAGGGUUGUCCUGGCGAAUGCGUGCAUGCAAUCACCGCCCUGCUCUGCGAGCAAACGUUAUCGGACGCACAAUGCGAUGCGGCUUAUCUCCGCUGCUGUAUCACAAAAAGUCCAGUGAAUGUGGCGUCGUCGAGCGAAAUCGGCAACGCGUUCGUAAAGGGCGCGCCGGCCACCGGUGGACAGGGACAAGAUGAAACUCCAGCUACGAAACCAACACCCCAGCCUCUGAAGGGUGAUUCAGAUUCUACCAGCGACUCGCAGCCCCCGUUUCCACCAGCUGAUCACUCCAUCAACGCGACAGCUCUACUGUUAGGCGAUCGUGUCGAACCGGACGUGCGUAUUGAGACGAUAAACACCUCGAAUGAGUCUAAAUCCGCAUCUACUUCAGCCGUUCCGACUGACCCUAAAUACAAGACGGGCUCUGCUAUCACCAAUAUCAACUGUCCGGGCGCGUGUAUUUCAGAAACAUUUGCCGCUUAUUGUCGCGUUUCUAUAGCCGAUGGCUUGUGUGGUCAUGGUGGACUUUGUUGUGCAAAUGAGAAUGAGGGACAGACAGUGACUGCAGGACAAGAUGGCAAAUCUAGCAAACAACCUAUAGAGAUUGAGAAAAAGGCGGGUAGGCCAAUUGAGUGCACUGGCUCUUGCGUUUCAUCGCUCUUCAGUCUGCUAUGCGACAAAGUUGAUUAUACGGCAACGUGUAAUUCAGGCGGAGUGUGUUGCCUGAACACAGGCGCGACCUCAACGCCAACGACGACUUCCUCCCCACCUCCAGCCUCAUUGACUCUGCCGACCUGCGUUGGUCGUUGCCUUCCGGGUUUCAUGCAUACGGCGUGCCGUAGCAAAGGUAACCAAGUUUCAACGGAAACCACUAUGUGUCCACCUGCUACCAUCUGUUGCUUGGAUACCCCGGGUCGAGCAGGAGGUGGCGACGUCUACACCAAUGACCGUGGACCUGAUGGCCCUGGUAUCAUCUUAACAGGCCCUCCGAAUGUCCAGUCUCCGUUCCCUUUGAGCGGUUCGUCGCGGUUCGCUGUGCCAACUACGCUUAAUAAGCAACCGUCGGUUAGCGGUGAACUAUUUGGACUACCGCUUCCUAUCCAAGAAGAGGCCAUCGGUCCUUUAUCUAGUGCUGAAUUAGUAACGAAAAUUGCCAGUACUAUACAGUGUCCCGGCAGCUGUAUUGCCCCACUAAUGAAAUUCACUUGUUUUGGCUCUAAUGACGUAUUUCCACAUUUCAAGUGCACUGACGGCUAUAUGUGCUGUGCCGAUACGAGUGACGUCAAGCGUACCUUGAGCGCUGCCAUUAUUCUUAAUCAAGUUGGUCCGUUAGGGCCACAUUCCGUGCCACCAGGGGGUCUUAUACCAGUGCCUACAGAUGGAAGCCUUUUCGCUCAACGGCCAAGCCCUGGGGAGCUGCCUCCGCAUGGUGACAAUAAAUUAAACCCAUCUAGUGAACCUCAAGAGUCUCAACUUCAACCGAUAAAUGUAAGGCCUCCUACAAACAUCGUACAGCAAAGUGGCGCAUUAUCCGAACGUUUACCGAAUGGGCCAAAGACGCCGCCGGUAGCCAUCGCUCCUGCUACGUCACCUCAACCCCACAGUCCUCCUUUGUCAUCCGGAUCACCGCCACUGUCCCCGCCAGCAUCUCAGGGUAAUUUUGUGCCCGCCUUAAGGCCUAGACCCGGCCAAUCCCCUGUUGCUCUGCCUCAAGAAAGCACAGAUAUGUUAUUACCGUCGCCUACAAGUCUCAGCGCUUCCCAGCCGUUGGUACCUUCCAUUACGCCUGUAUCAGGAACUCGUUUAAAAAGUCCUUCCUACCAUGUUAAUACGCCUAAUCAAAGUUCUUUUUUGGGUAGCAAGAACUUCAACCGAGUAUUUCGGCCCAUCGGCCAAUCAGAACCUGUUAUCACUAAUACUGGAGCCAAGCCGACUCCCUCUUCCCCCGCAAGUAGUCCCGUGUUAACGGCAGGUGGUUUCGUUCCCACUAGAGCUGCUUCUCCUUCAAUCAUAUCCGUACCUUCGCUUACGGACUCACCACCAAUACUCCCUGCUCCUCACUCCCAGGCUUCGAGGGAAUCGAAUGGGACGCGCUUAAAGGGAUUUUCACGCGAACCGCUCAGCUGUGGACGGCGCAGUGGCGCUCGACAACAAAAAGUAAUCGGAGGUAAAGACGCGGGGCUUGGAGAUUGGUGCUGGCAGGCGGCUAUCUACAACGAGAAAGGCCAGUAUGUCUGCGGUGGAGCCCUUAUCGGUCCUCAAUGGAUAGUCACCGCAGCUCAUUGCGUAACCAAGUACGUCCGAAAUGGAGAUACGUUCUUUGUCGAGGUGGGAUCGGUUGAUCUCACAGCGAGACAUGGGCAUUCACGCAAGAAGGCCUGGGCUAGCUAUAUACACCACAACUACAAUGAAAACACACUUGACAACGACAUCGCGCUUGUUAAGGUUUUGAAUCCAUUCAAUGUGAACUCUUCGUCAAUAUCAGCAGCCUGUACUGUGUGUCUACCAGGCAAACAAGGAUCUAAGAAUCCUGAACAGGCAGCACAAGGUCAGGAAGGCCAAUCCACCCGAUGCACUGUUACGGGCUACGGUGCCCUACAAGAAGGAGGACCCGUUGCCAUGCGCGUUCGGCAGGUUGAGCUUCCUAUGGUUGAGGAGCGUACGUGCGUCGCUCAACUAAGCGCGGCCACGGCGAAGCUAUUCAAACUCCCUGCGAGCACAUUCUGUGCCGGUGGGGAAAAAGGCAACGAUGCAUGUCAGGGCGACGGUGGGAGUCCGAUGGUAUGUGACAUGGGAGGCUUCUAUGAACUGAAAGGUCUUGUGUCCUGGGGCCUUGGCUGCGGACGACAGGAUGUACCCGGUGUUUAUGUCAAGGUGUCUUCAUUUAUAGGCUGGAUUAACCAGAUUAUCUCUGUUAAUACGGCGUAAUAUUCAUCGAAGACAACACCGAUCGCGAAAGACAAGAGAUACUAACGAACCUUCGAAGGGACUGCCUAGAAUUUAGACUAAGGUUACGUUUAAUGUUACGUCAUUGACAAUAGCCUAUUCAAGAGAGUUACCAAUAAAUAAUAGUUUACUAUAACGUAAACAAUUAGAACUUACUAGUUCAAACUCAGUCGAAGCCAUAUUGCGAAAAUUAACUGAAGCUGCGCCACGGAUAGCGUUUACUUCAGUGGUUGGGGGGUUAUUUAACAAUAACAUUACGAUUCAAACGUUUGUGUAACCCUGUGGAUCCUGUACAUGCAGUCCAUGGAAAUAUUUAACACUGUAUAUAAAUCAAUUAUUAUAGUGCUAAGUAUUUGUUAUGGGAACGCUAAGAGCUAUGUGUAGUGGACUCAUUUGUCGCAUGGAAGUUCAUGCAUUUAUCACCUAUGACCGCCUUGAGCGACAUUCAUUAUCCUACUGUUUAUGUAUAAGUUGGCAAAUCAAGCUGAUCAGUUACUUAGAUGCCUUAAGUAAAAUCUGUUAUUCGAAAGGGUCUGGGUGUCUUUUACCAUUUGUUUUCCUUAAGGGCGUACAGUCGUAAGGGUAGAGCGACACAGGCAACCCUUACGGUUGUAUAGAGUAGUCGAUCGACUCUUAGUAGUUGCAGUUGGAACUGACCAAACAAUAGCUUACGUAAAAUUUAUGAAUAUUACAUGUCGCAGAUUGCCAUAUAUUCAUUAAUAAACGUCUUAUCUGACCCUAUUUGGUAGAAUAAGACAGGCAUUUUACGGACCCCAGGAUAUAUAAUGGACACUUGUAGUAGAUACUCAUUAUUGAUAUUACUGAUAAAUAAAAAUCCAGUGAAAUUUAUUGAACUUACAGAGCUUAUUAAGAAGUAGAAUAAAACUAUCACAACAACUAAAAUAUUUACUUGUCCGAUAUACACAUUAGCCUGCUU